AUGAAACUGAUGCCAGUCGCCCUUAUGUACUUGGGCUCGCUCUCCUUCCUAGCUGCAGACACAGCUAGGCUCGACGUGGCGACGGAGUUCCGAAAAAAAUGGAGUAAGUGGGCUCUAAGUCGUGGAAAGAGGGACCUACGGAUUUUCAACAACUACCCCACUGGUCUCGCUGACGUGAAGGCCGGGCCUGCCCAAACUCUCGUUCGGCCCCAGGACGUGAAGGGAGCCUCUCGCAGCCCCCAGACCAGCAAUCCGGACGCUGCCCGCAUCCGAGUCAAGCGCUACCGCCAGAGCAUGAACAAUUUCCAGGGCCUGCGAAGCUUUGGCUGCCGCUUCGGAACAUGCACUGUGCAGAAGCUGGCGCACCAGAUCUACCAGUUCACGGACAAGGACAAGGACGGCGUCGCCCCCAGAAACAAGAUCAGCCCCCAGGGCUACGGCCGUCGGCGCCGGCGCUCCCUGUCGGAGACCGGCAGAGGCCGGACUGUCUUGUCCCGGGAGCCACAGGCACGGGGAGCUCCAGCCUCCCGGGCGCACUAA